UUUCAGUGACUGCAGCGAACAAUGGGAAGUUAGAGUAUUUCGUGGCUCGGUGAAGGAAUGAUGUUUGAAAUUAACGUUGACGUAGAAGUGCGUGUAAAAUGCGUGUGAAAGCGUAAAUGAGUGUUGGACCAAUGUGUAACAAGUCGAUCGCUUAAUAUGUGGCGACAGGAUUAUAGUUUUGUGUUUGUGAUCUUGGUAACUUGUUGGAUUCACUCCGUAACAGGCUUUGUGUCGUGCUCUCCCAGUCCGUGCAAGAAUGGCGGAACGUGCGUGUCUUCACCACGAGGGGAGUCCUACUGCAACUGCACAGCAAUGCAUGUGGGGGAGUACUGCCAGUACAUGAACCCCUGCCACACAGGACCUGGUCCCCGAUGUCAGAAUGGAGGUUCCUGCAAUGUGCGGUCAUCACCCACAUCCAGCCCCACCUUCGGCUGCAUCUGCCCGAUCGGCUACUCGGCCUCCCUGUGCGAGAUCCCGGUGGCUAACUCGUGCGACUCAGACCCCUGUCUCAAUGGGGGUACAUGCACCCUGAGGAGUUUGGACAGCUAUUCCUGUACUUGUGCGCCUGGCUACACGGGACAGCACUGUGAGCUGCAGGACCACUGUGCCUCCAUGCCCUGCCGUAAUGGGGCCGAGUGUGAGUCCCUGGGGGACACAUACAAGUGCACAUGUGCGCCAGGGUUUGUGGGACCCUCUUGCUCAGAGGAUAUCGUAGAGUGCAAGGAGGACCCCUGUGAGCAUGGCAGCUGCUUCAACACCCACGGAUCCUACAAAUGUAUGUGCCAUCCUGGCUUCACAGGGCAGAACUGUGAGAACAAGUACAUCCCAUGCAGUCCCUCACCCUGUCUCAAUGAUGGGGAGUGCCUGGAAGUGGAUGCCCUGAGCUACAAGUGUCAGUGCCCCACAGGUUACCGUGGCAAGAACUGUGAGGAGAACAUUGACGAUUGUCCAGGCAACCUGUGCCUGAAUGGGGCGACAUGUGUGGAUGAUAUCAACAGGUACUCAUGUUUGUGUCCACCCACGUACAUGGGGGAGCUGUGCGAGCAAGACGUGGAUGAGUGUGGACAGCGACCCAGUGUGUGCCAGAAUGGCGCCACUUGCACCAACUCCAUCGGUGGCUUCUCCUGCAUCUGUGUUAAUGGCUGGGCUGGCCCUGACUGCAGUGUCAAUAUUGAUGACUGUGCUGGUGCUGCCUGCUUCAAUGGCGCUACGUGCAUCGACAGGGUGGGCAGCUUCUACUGCAGGUGCACGCCGGGAAAAACAGGGCUGCUGUGCCAUUUGGAUGAUGCCUGCACAUCAAACCCCUGCCAUGCUGAUGCAAUCUGUGACACGAGCCCCAUCAAUGGCUCCUACACAUGCUCAUGUGCCAGUGGCUACAAGGGAGUGGACUGCAGUGAGGACAUCAAUGAGUGUGAACAGGGGUCCCCAUGUGAGCAUGAUGGGGACUGUGUGAACACACCAGGCUCUUUUGCGUGCAACUGCACGCAGGGCUUCACAGGGCCACGCUGUGAGACCAACGUGAAUGAGUGCGAGUCACACCCAUGCCAAAAUGAUGGCUCCUGUCUCGACGACCCAGGCACCUUCCGCUGCGUCUGCAUGCCCGGCUUCACGGGUACGCAGUGUGAGAUCGACAUUGAUGAGUGCCAGCUGAAUCCAUGUCUGAAUGGGGGUAUAUGCAAUGAUCUGAUCAACACAUUUCGCUGUGCCUGUGCAAUUGGUUUCACUGGUAACCGCUGUCAGAUUAACAUCGAUGACUGUGAGAGCAACCCGUGUCGAAAUGGUGGCAUCUGUCAUGACUCCAUUGCUGUCUACACAUGCGAGUGUCCACCAGGCUUCACAGGUACCAACUGUGAAACAAACAUAAAUGACUGCCAGAGCUCCCCGUGUCAUCGGGGGGAGUGUAUCGAUGGAGAGAACUCGUUCACUUGCAACUGUCACCCGGGUUUUACUGGCUACCUGUGCCAGACACAGGUCAAUGAAUGUGAGAGUGAUCCCUGCCAGUUUGGUGGACAUUGUGAGGACCUCAUUAAUGGCUACCAGUGCCGUUGCAAGUCGGGCACCACAGGGCCUAACUGUGAGAUCAACAUCAAUGAGUGCUACAGCAAUCCGUGUCGCAAUGGUGCUAAAUGUGUCGAUGGCAUCAACAGGUAUUCAUGCGAUUGUAUCCCUGGGUUCACCGGCCAACACUGUGAAACCAACAUCAAUGAAUGUGCCAGCAAUCCAUGUGCAAAUGGUGGAGUUUGUAUGGAUCUUGUGGAUGGCUUCAAGUGUGAGUGUCCACGUGGAUACUACGAUGCUCGCUGCCUCAGUGAUGUGGACGAAUGUGCUAGUAAUCCCUGCAAGAAUGGAGGAACAUGUGAGGAUGGUGUGAACCAGUUCAUCUGCCGUUGUCUCCCUGGCUAUGGCGGUAAGCAGUGUGAACAGGACAUCGAUGAGUGUGGCUCUAACCCCUGCCAGCAUGGCGGCAUGUGCAACGACCACCUGAAUGCCUAUUCUUGUGAGUGUCUUCCUGGCUACAUGGGUGCAAACUGUGAGACCAAUGUGGAUGACUGUGCCAUAAAUCCUUGUAAAAAUGGGGGAUCCUGCAUUGAUCUUGUUAACGCGUACAAGUGCGUGUGUGAGUUGCCCCAUACCGGGCGAGACUGUCGAGACAAAUUGGAUCCAUGCUCUCCGAAUAGGUGUCACCAUGGAGCCCGCUGUUCUCCAUCCAGCAACUUUCUUGACUUCGCCUGCACCUGUGGUCUGGGCUACACAGGUCGCCUUUGUGACGAGGACGUGGAUGAGUGUGUCGUGUCCUCGCCAUGUCGUAAUGGUGCCACAUGUCGCAACACAAAUGGCUCUUACCACUGUGUGUGCGCAAAGGGCUAUGAGGGUCGGGACUGUGUCAUCAACACUGACGACUGUGCUUCUUUUCCGUGUCAGAAUGGUGGAACAUGCCUGGAUGGGAUUGGUGAUUACACAUGCCUUUGUGUGGAUGGCUUUGGUGGCAAGCAUUGUGAGAUAGACGUGGAUGAAUGUAUUUCGGCUCCAUGUCACAAUGGUGCCACCUGCAACCAAUAUGUCAACUCUUAUACUUGCACGUGCCCAUUGGGUUUCUCAGGCAUCAACUGUCAGACUAAUGAUGAGGACUGUACAGACAGCAGCUGUAUGAAUGGGGGGAAGUGUGUUGAUGGCAUCAACAAUUACACCUGCAUCUGUCAGCCAGGGUACACGGGCUCCAACUGUCAGUACCGCAUCAAUGAAUGUGACAGCCACCCAUGCCUGAAUGGAGCCACAUGUCAUGACCAGAUCAAAUACUACACAUGCCACUGUCCAUAUGGCUACACAGGAAAGCGAUGCGACUCAUAUGUGGAUUGGUGCAGCACAGAGCCAUGCAUGAACCAGGCAACAUGCAAGCAGACAGAGAACACAUACAUGUGCGUGUGUGGGCCUGGUUGGACAGGCAAGGUGUGCGAUGUGGAGAUGGUUUCCUGCAGUGAUGCAGCUAUACGCAAAGGUGUGACGAAGGAGGACCUGUGCAACAAUGGAACAUGUGAGGACAUAGGCAACAGCCAUCGCUGUCACUGUCAAGAUGGCUACACUGGAAGCUACUGCCAGGAUGAGAUCAAUGAGUGUGAGUCUGCACCAUGCCAGAAUGGUGCCACGUGCAAGGACCUGAUUGGCUCAUAUUUCUGCCACUGCACCAAGGGCUUCCAGGGACAAAACUGUGAGCUGAAUGUGGAUGACUGCCAGCCCAACCCAUGCCAAAAUGGGGCCACCUGCCAUGACCUUGUGAGCAACUUCAGCUGCUCCUGUCCACCAGGUGCACUGGGCAUCAUCUGUGACAUCAACGUGGAUGACUGUGUGCCUGGGGCAUGUCACAACAAUGGAACGUGCGUGGACCGUGUUGGGGGGUUUGAGUGCCGCUGCCCACCAGGUUUUGUGGGCCCUCGCUGUGAGGGAGACAUCAAUGAGUGUCUUUCAAACCCAUGUUCAUCACAGGGCACACAAGACUGCGUUCAACUUGUAAACAACUACGUUUGUAACUGCAAGCCUGGCUACAUGGGGCAUCACUGUGAGAUGAAAGUAAACUUCUGUGAGAGCUCUCCUUGCCAGAAUGGAGGUAUCUGCAAUGCAUAUGAGGCGGGACACUCCUGCGUGUGCCGUGAGGGCUUCUAUGGCACAAACUGUGAGUUUUCUGGUUCAGACUGCGACUCCAAUCCCUGCCAAUAUGGUGGUGUGUGCGUGCUUGUGGAUGGAGGUGGUUAUCGGUGCAACUGUCCUUCUGGCACGACAGGAAAGUUCUGUGAACUGGACGCCAGCAACGAGUGUGCCAGUAAUCCGUGCAAGGGUGGGGCACUGUGCCAGGAUCGAUUAGGAGAUUAUGGGUGUCACUGCCCUGACUUUUGGGGUGGAAAGAAUUGUGACAUCUACAACCCUAUCUUCCGUGCAGGGUGGGGCCAUGCCAUGCCUAAGCCAAACCGCAUCCCCACCAACACUAUCGCUGCAAUUGAUUCAGACCUGGAGGAGCAGCGAGCAAAGUGCAUUGCCAAUGGUUGCAGAGAUAAGGCUGGCAACUUGCAGUGCGACGAGGAAUGCUAUACAUACGCAUGCAAUUUUGAUGGAAAUGACUGCUCCCUGGGUAUCAACCCUUGGCGCAACUGUACGGCUCCCAUCAACUGCUGGGAGGUGUUCAUGAACGGGAAGUGUGACAUGGUGUGCAACAACCCACAGUGCUUGUUUGACGGUCGUGAUUGUGAGAAGAGCCUCAGCCCAUGCAAUCCGAUCUACGAUGCAUACUGCCAGAAGCACUAUGCCAAUGGCCACUGCGAUUAUGGCUGCAACAAUGAGGAGUGCAACUGGGACGGCUUGGACUGUGAACUACAGCAGCCCAAGGUUGCAGAGGGCAUGAUUUCCGUAGUGGUGCUGAUGAGCAUGCAGACAUUCCGAGAGAAACUAGUCGCCUUUCUCCGCGAGGUUGGACACCAGCUGCGAACUACUCUCCGUGUGAAGAAGGAUGAACAAGGCAGUGACAUGAUCUACCCAUGGAAACCAUCUGUGCCGGGUGGUCAUGACUCUUUCGUGGGUCCAUCUGGAGUGAUAGCAUAUCUGGAACUGGACAACCGAAAAUGCACUGUUACCGAGGGAGCAGUAUGCUUCCCAACGGCUAAUGAGGCGGCUGACUACAUUGCAGCGACAGCAGCUAGACACUCCCUGGUGUCCUCGUUCCCCAUACAUCAAGUGAGAGGUGUGACUGGACCGUCAGAGCCGGCUGAGGCCACCACAAAUGUGAAGUACGUGUUCAUUGGAGUUGUGCUGGUUCUCUUGGCUGGACUGCUGAUCGGAGUGCUGGUAGCUGCCCACCGGAAACGUGCACAAGGCAUCACAUGGUUCCCUGAAGGAUUCUUCCGCAAUAACAGUGGGCAGCGACGGCAGUCUCGUCGACGGGGACCUGACGGGCAGGAGAUGCGCAACCUAAAUAAGCAGCCUCCUGGGUGCAUUGAUGUGGACAUACCCCCGCAUGCCAUGGGUGGGCAGCAUGGUGGUGGCCCCCAGUGGUCUGAUGAUGAGUCUGACCUGCCCCCUCCCAAGAGAAUUCGUGCUUGUGAGGCUGGUUAUGCAAGUGACCACACAGCCAUCACUGACUAUGAUGAGAGUGAGCCUCGAAUGUGGACCCAGCAGCACCUGGAAGCAGCAGACAUACGACAGAGACCAGAUCCAGCAAUUCUGACUCCCCCAAGCCUGGAUGGAACACAGGAUGUGGAUGUUCGUGGCCCAUGCGGAAUGACACCACUCAUGGUGGCAGCUGUUCGUGGUGGUGGGAUGGACACGGGGGAAGAUGAGGAAGAGGAUGGAACAGCUGCUGUUAUAGCGGACUUGGUAGCUCAAGGUGCUAAACUGAACGCAACAAUGGAUAAGACUGGGGAGACAUCCCUUCAUCUUGCUGCUCGCUAUGCACGAGCAGAUGCAGCUAAGAGACUUCUAGAUGCGGGAGCCGAUGCAAACUCUCAGGAUAAUACUGGCCGAACACCGUUGCAUGCAGCUGUUGCGGCUGAUGCUAUGGGAGUGUUCCAGAUUCUUCUUCGUAACCGAGCCACAAACCUGAAUGCCCGUAUGCAUGAUGGCACUACGCCUCUCAUUCUGGCAGCAAGACUGGCUAUUGAAGGCAUGGUAGAGGAUCUGAUCAAUGCUGAUGCUGACAUCAAUGCUGCUGAUAACUCCACCAAAACAGCGUUGCACUGGGCAGCUGCUGUGAACAAUGUAGAUGCAGUCAACAUCUUGUUGUCACAUGGAGCAAACAGAGAUGCGCAGGAUGACAAGGAUGAGACCCCAUUGUUCCUGGCAGCACGUGAAGGUAGUUACGAAGCCUGCAAGGCACUUCUCGACAACUUUGCAAACCGUGAGAUCACCGACCACAUGGACAGGCUGCCUCGUGAUGUGGCUGGUGAAAGACUGCAUCAUGACAUCGUGCGGUUACUGGACGAACAUGUUCCCAGGAGUCCGCAGUUGGUUACCGUGAUACCCAGUGGGCCCAUCAUAGGCUCUCCUGGCCAUCACCAUCACCUAAUAACACACCCAACAGUAAUAGGUGCUGGUGCCAAACCAUCCAAAUCCAAGAAGCGGCCAAAGGCUGGCACUAUCAGUGGCGGACUGAUAGGAGCGACUGGUAACUCUCCCACUAGCCCUGACGUAGAGGGGACAGUGGUGACAGUGCGCCGGAAACCUAGUGUUAAGAAGAGCAACAAGAAACCAGGGACACAGGCCCCACCAGAGCCGCCUCAUGGUGUUCAGAGUGUGGAGAGUGUGGCAUCACCUGUCACCUCUCUUGAAUCCCCACGCACAGUUGGCAGCUUGAGCACAACAGAUGGAACGCCAAGCCCCUAUGACAGCUCUCUAUACAGCAAUGGCGGCCUCAACCUGGCUCAGCUCCAUCAUGCUGGGCUGGAUGGGGGCAGUGGGCUUAUGGGCAAGCAGCCCCCAUCUUAUGAGGAUUGCAUCAAAGGAGCUACCUCCAUGCAGAGCCUGCAUAACAUCGGUAUGGACUCAUACGGGGGAGGGAACUAUGGAGGUCUGCCUGUGUUUCACGAGCAGGGACUGCCCCAGCAACAUGGCCGGCAGACUUCACUCCCCCUCAGCAUUCCAUCGCAGCCACAGAUGCAGCAGAUGCAGCACCCCAACACAUUAUCUCCCCCCUACAGCAACCAGCAGUCCCCACCCCACAGCGUAAACUCCAGCCUUACCAUGUCUCCUCCCACCAGCUACAUGGGGUCCCCGUCCCCUGCGAAGUCACGACCCUCACUUCCCACCUCUCCCACACACAUUGCAGCCAUGAGGGCUGCGACCCACCAGAAACAUGGGGGCAUCCCACAGCAGCAGCAGUUAGUCAUGGGCUUCGACUUCUCAGCUUCAGCAGAGGUCCCACUGGGAUAUGGCGCAUCACAGCAGUUGGCAAACCUGCAGCUGCAGCAGCCAAUGGGUGCUGGAGGUGUCAGCAAUCAGCAGCAACAGCAACAGCAGCAGCAGCAGCAACAACAGCAGCAGCAACCGCAGCAGCAGCAGAAUGCAAACUACUAUCACUACCUCACACCUCCCAGCCAGCACUCGCAGAACCCAGAGGCAACACCUCAGCACUACAUCCAGGCACCAGAGAACUUCCCUACACCUUCUCCAGAAUCUCCUGGACAUUGGUCCUCAUCCUCACCACAUUCCAACUCUGAUUGGUCAGAAGGAAUUCACAGUCCAGUGGCAAAUGCUUAUGUGGCAAGCAGUCAGCACCAGAAACAAGCGGAAGCCAUCUAUAUUUAGUGUUGUGAACUGUUGUACAAAUCAUUUUGUUAACACACAGAUGUUCUUGCAUGUCACUCCGUGGACCAGUUUUUAUCUGUGAUUGUUUCUGCAGGACCAAACUCCACAAUCAGAAUGUGCCUUACACCUUGCCAGGAGUGGCAGACCCAAGUGCCUUCAUGUGAGACGCUAUUUUACUUGUAGUAGUUUUUGCCAUCAGUGUAAAUAGUUUUAUUAUUUUUGUGUACAAAACUCUUAGUGAGUAGCUUUGUGGGCAGCCUGUACUUACACUGUUAUGGGCUGGUUUCUAUGUUGUAGUGUAAUUCUAUAUUAAGUUCAUGCUGGCAGUUGCUGGAUGACAUACUCAAAGCAGAGCUCACAGUGUAGGUGCAAGCAGAGGCCAUGAUAUUGUGAUGCAAGUUUGUAACAUUUACUGGGAAGGAAGUGCCUUUAUUAAACAAAUGUAAAUUUGUUAUUCAGGUUGUGCGUUUUGAUAAAAUCGCUUACAUAUUCAUGAUACCCAGUUUUUUUUUCCAAGUCUGCAAAAUCGUCAUUAGCUGUUGAUGAAAUGAUAAGACAAAGAACAGUGUUCAUCUUAAUGUGUGGUGUCAUAGAUACCAAAAUUUAAAUGAAAGGCAUCUUCUUUUUUUGGUAAAUGUGACGGUGAAUAGUAGGUGCCAGAAGUUUGUAAUGUUGGUGGGUGGCCCCCCACCAUUCUAUGCGAUCAUGAUCCAGAACACUGUGAUAGCAGUUUGUAUCAAAAUUAAUCAUGACAUUUUUAGCGUUUAUUAUUUAUUGUUCAGGUCACAAAGAAGUCUCAGAAGAAGCAAUAAGUAAUCAAAUAUUAUUCUUGCCUGUUGGAUUCUACUGUCUACUGUGUAAAAAGUACUAAAUAAGUUUUGUUUUGAAGGUACGACCCCCUUUAUGGGGGGCCUCUGCUCAUAAGGCAUAAGUGUAUUUUAGAGAACUAUAUUAUAAUUAAAAUGUAUUUCUAGAAUG